GGGUCCGGGACGCCCGUUUGGUGGGGCCGGGCCGCGGCGCCGCCAUGGCGCUGCGACAGGCGCUGGGCCGGGGCCUGCAGCUGGGCCGGGCGCUGCUCCUGCGCUUCACAGCCAAGCCUGGUCCGGCCUGCAGCUGGGGGCGCCCCGGCCCGGCGGCGGGCUGGGGCCGCGUAGAGCGCCCGGGCCGGGACGCGGUGCCUGGCGUGCAGCGGCGCGGGGGCGGCUUGGGGCUCCCCGACCGCUACCGCUUCUUCCGCCAGUCGGUGGCCGGGCUGGCGGCGCGGCUCCAGCGGCAGUUCGCGAUGCGGGCUCGGGGCGGCGCGGGCCCUCGCGGCCGGGCGGUCUUUCUGGCCUUCGGGCUGGGCCUGGGCCUCAUCGAGGAGAAGCAGGCGGAGAGCCGACGGGCCGCCGCGGCCUGCCGGGAGAUCCAGGCCAUCUUCACCCAGAGAAGCAGGCUGGAGGCCGACCCGCUGGCCGCCAGGCGCCGGCAGGGCUUCCAGCUGGAGGAGUACCUGAUCGGGCAGCCCAUCGGCAAGGGCUGCAGCGCCGCCGUCUACGAAGCCGCCAUGCCCGCCUUGCCUGUGCGCCUGGAGGUGGCACAGGGUGCCCGGCGCCCGGGGAGCGGCCCGGAUCCCGCGGCAGCAGGAGCCCAGGAGGCGCACGCUCCCGCCGCCCCUGCCUUUCCCUUGGCCAUCAAGAUGAUGUGGAACAUCUCGGCCGGCUCCUCCAGCGAGGCCAUCUUCAGGACCAUGAGCCAGGAGCUCGUCCCAGCCAGCCGAGUGGCCCUGGCCGGGGAGUACGGAGCGGUCACGCACAGAAAAUCCAAGGGACGUCCCAAGUGGCUGGCCCCUCACCCCAACAUCAUCCGGGUUUUCCGCGCCUUCACCUCGUCUGUGCCACUGCUGCCGGGGGCCCUGGUCGACUACCCUGACGUGCUGCCCCCACGCCUCCACCCUGAGGGCCUGGGCCACGGACGGACGCUGUUCCUCGUCAUGAAGAACUACCCCUGCACCCUGCGCCAGUACCUUCGCGUGAACACCCCGAGCCCCCGCCUGGCCACGGUGAUGACCCUGCAGUUGCUGGAGGGCGUGGCUCACCUGGUGCAGCAGGGCAUCGCACACAGAGACCUGAAGUCUGACAACAUCCUCGUGGAGCUGGACGCAGACGGCUGUCCCUGGCUGGUGAUCACCGACUUCGGCUGCUGUCUGGCUGACGAGCACGUCGGCCUGCAGCUGCCGUUCACCAGCUGGUACGUGGAUCGGGGUGGCAACGGCUGCCUGAUGGCUCCAGAGGUGUCCACGGCCUGUCCUGGCCCCAGGACGGUGAUUGACUACAGCAAGACCGACGCCUGGGCAGUGGGCGCGAUUGCCUACGAGAUCUUCGGGCUCGCCAACCCCUUUUACGGCCAGGGCAGGGCCCGCCUCGAGAGCCGCAGUUACCAGGAGGCCCAGCUGCCUGCCCUCCCUCCGUCAGUGCCCCCGGACGCCAGGCAGCUGGUGAAGUCCCUGCUCCAGCGAGAGCCGGCCAAGAGGCCGUCCGCCCGAGUUGCCGCCAACGUGCUGCACCUAAGCCUGUGGGGGGAGCAGAUUCUGGCGCUGAAGAACCUGCAGCUGGACCGGGUGGUGGGCUGGCUCCUCCAGCAGUCAGCCGCCGCCAUGCUGGCCGGGAGGAGCUGUGUGGAGACGAAGAUGAAGGUGCUCUUUCUGGCCAGCCUGGAGUGUGAGGCGCUCUGCCAAGCGGCCCUGCUGCUCCGCGCGUGGAGGGCGGCCCCGGGGCAGCUCUGCGCGUAGCUGGGGACGACCAGGGAGCCUGGCAGCAUCUGUGUGGUGCAGGUCUGUGCAUGCUGAGGGUGGGCUCCUGUGUGAGCGGGGAGGAGGUCGGAGAUGGAUGGCAGGGGGCUGGGCAGCCACUGGGGAGGCCACGUUCAGAGAGUGGCCUCACCCCAGCUGUGUGACUCGGAACGGGUACUGUGAGCCGUGUGCACCUUGGUUCUGGCUAACAAGACUAGACACUGCUCUAAACAAGGGUGUGGUCAGCUUUCCACAGAGACAGCUUUCCUCAUAGACAAAAGCAGCCAUGAACACACAGGGUGCAGCCAGGCUGCAGAGGGUCCACACCGAAGGCAGCAGCUGUCCUGGCCAGUGCGGCUGUGACACUGGCCUCACCCACACAGGCCACCUGGGCGGAGGCGCACACUUGCAUGAGGCAGUGUAUUCGGUGGGAGGCCUGCAGGGGCUGGGGGUCGGGUGGACCACGCACGCAGUCUGUGUCAACAGCCCGGUGUGUUGGAGAGCGCAUCGCUCCUCCUGCUACCACAUGAAUCCUGCGCAGCGGCAGGGAGAAACGCCGUGGGAGUUAGCUCUGGUGUUCUAGGCGUGCUGGUGCCCUACUGUGCAACAUUAAAUGCAGUUACAACUGCAGAAACGA